AUGCCAACAUCUCUCUGUUUGACCCUCACAGAGUCCCCGCUGAAAGGAGAUGACAAUCAGCUAGAUCGAUCUUUUUCUGACUCGUCCUUGUUCAACCACUGGGGCCAGGAUCUGGGGCCAGAGAGCCGUAGAGCGGCCCUCAAGAUGUUUCAGUAUUAUGGUUACAACGGUUACCUCAGCGACCGCCUCUCCAUGGACAGACCCAUCCCAGACUACAGACCUGAAGGGUGCAAAAACAUGUCUUACCCGUCCAACCUUCCGCAGGUUAGUAUAGUCUUCAUCUUUGUGAACGAGGCGCUCUCAGUCAUUCUGCGCUCCAUCCAUUCGGUCAUGAACAGAACCCCGCGCCACCUGCUCAAAGAGAUCAUACUGGUAGAUGACAACAGCAAUAACGAUGAGUUAAAGGAGAAAUUACAAGACUUUGUCAAGGAGACCAACAUCAAGCAGCCCGGUUUCAUUAAAAUGGUGCGACACAGUAAGCAAGAGGGGCUGAUCCGCUCACGUGUGAGUGGCUGGAGAGCUGCGUCUGCCCCUGUGGUGGCCCUGUUUGACGCCCACGUAGAGUUCAACAUUGGCUGGGCUGAGCCUAUUCUCCAAAGGAUCAAAGAAGACAGAACCAGAAUUAUAUCUCCAUCUUUUGACAACAUCAAAUACGACACAUUUGAGAUUGAGGAGUACCCACUCUCCGCUCAGGGCUUUGACUGGGAACUGUGGUGCCGGUAUCUGAAUCCACCAAAAUCCUGGUGGAACUUGAACAACAGCUCUGCUCCAAUCAGGAGUCCAGCCCUGAUUGGCUGCUUUGUGGUGGACAGGGAGUACUUCGCAGAGAUUGGUCUGCUGGAUGAAGGGAUGGAGAUUUACGGAGGAGAGAAUGUGGAGCUGGGUGUGAGGGUGUGGCAGUGUGGAGGAAGUGUGGAGGUGUUGCCCUGUGCCCGUAUCGCCCAUAUUGAGCGCGCCCACAAACCCUACACUGAAGAUCUCACUGCCCAUGUGCGCAGAAAUGCUCUGAGAGUGGCUGAAGUGUGGAUGGAUGAGUUUAAAAGCCACGUCUACAUGGCCUGGAACAUUCCACAAGAGGACUCAGGGAUAGACAUCGGUGACAUCACGGAACGGAAAGCACUGAGGAAAAAACUGCAGUGCAAGACCUUCCGCUGGUACCUAGUGAACAUUUAUCCUGAGAUGAGGAUGUAUACAGACACCGUCGCAUAUGGAGUGCUGAGAAACUCUCUGAAGACUGACUUGUGUCUCGACCAAGGGCCAGACUCUGACAACAUUCCCAUCCUUUACCUUUGUCACGGGAUGACACCUCAGAAUGUAUACUACACCAGCACUCAGCAGUUAUUCGUGGGCAUCUUGAGCCCCACCGUUGACGAUGAUGACAACAAGUGCCUGGUGGAUGUGAACGGUCGGCCACGGCUCAUUGAGUGCAGCUAUGCUGUGGCUAAACGCAUGAAGCUCCACUGGCAUUUUACUCAGGGAGGCUCCAUCCAGAAUACAAAGUCAAAGCGAUGCCUUGAACUCUUGGAGAACAAUGACAAUGAGUUUGGAUAUCAGCUUAUGCUGCAAAAAUGCACUGGCCAGAACUGGAUUAUUACCAAUAUGCUGCCUGGUAGCACCUUAUGAUGUUAACGUCAAGACUGAAGAAUAUUUGCAUCUGGGUGGACUGCAGUGAAGAAUGAUGACAAGCUCAAGCACCUGGAUGUCUCUGACUUUGACAUUAUAUGAUAAAUGUUAAACAUUUUUCCUAGCUACUAUACGUGUGCAUACCGAUAAGCCACAUUUGGCAGAAAUUGCAUUGUGUAUUUAUGAGGUUCUACACUGUACUGAGAUGUAUUUUGUGCAAGGUAUACUUGGAUUUGUCUUGACUUGAAGGUUGUACCAGCUCAAAUGCACACAAUGAAGCCAUAAUUGCUACUAUGUAGUAAGGCUUUGGCAACGUUUUUGCUGUAUUUCUUUCUAGUGUCUCAGGUUUGUAGGUUGAGAUUAUUUUGAAAUAAUUCUGUACAUUUUUGGGACAUGCAAAUAUGUUGGAACACAUCUAGAUUCAAUCAACUUUAUCAAUUUUAUAUCUACAUGUAUAGUAAAUAUUCUCAGUAUUUAUAAUUAAUGGCAGUAAAAAGAACAAAUGCUAAGACGA